UCUGCAAUUAUUGUGAGUGGGUCGAUCUGGCGGGAUUUUGCGCGCGAAACAUUAGAGAAGAAGAGGAGGUGUGCCACACAAUGGCGGAAAAGAAGUUGAGCCAAUACGAGCUGAACAGGCUCCAAAAAAUAAAAGAGAACCAAGAACUACUCAACCAAUUAUUUCCUGAAGGAACAAAGCUGCACUCUUCUCCUCGGGAGGCAACACCGACUGUUGGUCUUAUAGUCAAUAGGAAAUCAAGCUCGUGUAGAAAAUUGAAAUAUUCAGCUCGUCGAUACAACACGAGACAGAGCAGGGACUAUUAUGAAGGCCCCAUGACAAGAAGCAUGAGAACAAGGUUUGGAGGAGAAGAAGGUGGAGAAAAGGCCAAAAGUGCCGAACCGUCAUUCUUAGAUGAUGAGUAUCACUAUAGAGUGGCUCCAAGAAAGCGUCGAUACGUUCAAGUGCAAGAAGAGAUUGAAAUUGAGUUGGAUGACAGACCUGGCCUUGACGUCAAGUAUCUGAAAAGAGUUGUUGAUUCCAACAAGAGUAAAAUAUAUGACCGCAUCAAUGGUACUACAUGUCAUCAGUGCAGGCAAAAAACCAUAGACCAGAAGACAGUAUGUCACAAUAAAUACUGCAAUGGUGUUAGAGGACAGUUUUGUGGUCCUUGCCUGAAGAACAGGUAUGGAGAGGAUAUCAGGGAGUGUCUGGUUGACAAGACGUGGGUUUGUCCUCCUUGUCGAGGAAAGUGUAACUGUAGCUUCUGCCUACCGAAGAAAGGCUGCCCUCCAACUGGAAUCAUGAUACACAUAGCCAAGGAAGCCGGCUACGACAGCGUUCAAGAAUAUCUUGAAAAAUCUGAUUAUAAUUACUGAGUCUUUGAAGGACUACCACAGCAGCUGGGGAUGACUUUCAUAUCUUUCGUAGUCUGACUUGUUAAAAUAUGAUAUUUCAGUUUCAUUCCCUAUUAUUAUAUAUAAUCAUAAAAUCAUUCAAGAGUA